GCACUCGACACUCAAUAGCUGAGCGUUCAUUCCCAAAGUGCUGUUUUGUUCUUGAGACCUACCUCAAUUCGCUUCGUCUCCGUCACUUGGCGCAUUCCUCUUACCAUGGCACCAUGUCUUAUUUUUAUUUCCAUACUGUCGUGGGCACUACCGGGUCAGCCAAGGUGCGAAGCCGUCAAAAGCUGACAAUCGCAACACCAAUGUUCUCCCAGCUCAUGGCGUCAAUCCCCAUGCCAAACUUUGGGCUGUUGUUCAGCUAAUGGGCGCUUGAUCUGCCUUACUUUAUCUCUGCCGUUUGCUUCCAGUAACCUCGCGUCGUUUCCACAUGCACCUGGUUCAGCCAAAUUCACAACAUCAACACCAUCCUGCUCGCGCACCGAGAAACGCUCCAGCACUUUGGGUGGUGUUAGAUGAUGGCAUCUCGGAAAACCGACGAUGCAGCCUGGGUCAAGAUGUUCGGGCAAGAUCAAAAGCUGUCGUGUCUUCCACAGCUGAAAGACUUGAGAUAUCUGAAGCUGUCAGACAUGUUCGUCUACACCCGUCAGCAGCACGUGGAUCGAUACCCGCGUGCUGCGAGGGACGGUGUGUAUCCGGCUGUGCGGGAUCUUCACGGUUAUCGGGCGGUACUCCCACAUAAUCUGACAGAACUGGGGGCACCGCCGAAGCUGCGUCCGGUUUAUGUGGGGGGACAUUUACCGACUGAUCGGUAUAUGAGGAUUGACCUUUGAUGGUGUUCGUGGGAACAAUAGCGAGAACCAAGGACUUGGGUUUCUGUGUUGCCUGAGGUGAGAUAGCGCUGCAUUUUCAGACGGGAGGCGAGUGAGUGGUCUGUAACUUUACAAGGUAGAAGUAGUACCUUAUCCUCACACCGUAUAGCUGUUCCU